GUUGCGCUGCCCGCGGUGCUGAGGAGGGGGGGGCGCCUUGCGCGCGCGCCCGGCGGGAUGGAGGACGCGCUGCCCGCCGGCCUGCUGGAGAUCUGCGUGCGGGUGGGAGCCCCCGGGGAGCGCCUGCGAGACGCCUGCCAGAAUUUACCUAGUGAGGCCCAGUUUCCACAUAUUACUAGGAUCCACUAAAUUUGAUCUUGAGAUUUUGUGGCCUCAGAAUUAAUUUUUCUGCUGCUGUGGAGUUAGAAAUGCAACUUUUCAAAACUGGCUCCUCCACUCAGUCUCAGGCAUGGAAGGGAGUAGCCUCCUUAACCCUCUUCUGAAAUCUUCCAGGAUUGCUCAGAAAAAAGAGAGAAACUCUUCCUCCCUUGAGCCAGAAGUUCUGUCAGUUUUUGUACCUCCGUUUAUCAGCAAAGAGGAUAUUCAGGCAACUAGUACAAAUAAUAAUAACUUCAAUAAAGGAAAACGACGUUCUUUCCGAAAAAAGAAAGAGAGACCUAAGUUUGAAAAUGUGAAAAAUCCAAAUGGGGAACAGAAAGCAACAGAUACUGAAGAUAUUAGUGUUCCAAAAGAUAUUGAUCUUAUUGGCUUACCGCAGCUAUGCUUUCCAGGAGGGCUUUACAUAACUUCUGAAUCAAAAGAAGAUCAGAUUCAUUUUCUGGUCUUCACAGAUGUCUGUGGUAACAGAACAUAUGGUGUUGUUGCACAGUAUUACCAACCUAUGCAAGAUGGUUCUUUCUCAUCAAAUGCGCAGGCCCUCUGGGAAUCUAAAGCUAAAGCUUUUGGCUGCUUCGUACCAUUUGCUAUUUGUGUCAUAUCCAGAUAUCCAUAUUUUAAUGCUCUUAAGGACUGUCUUUCUUGUUUACUGGUACAUCUCAGACCUUUUAAGGAUUUAGACGUGGAUGAUCGUAUAAAAGAAUUUGCAGCAAAAUUGUCUUUAAUACCCAGUCCUCCACCAGGAACACUCCAUUUGGUAUUUAAUAUGAAACCACUACAGAUAGUCUUUCCAUCACGGGAGGAUCCAGAUAGCCCAGUUAUUGACUUGGAUCUUCAUCUUCCAUUACUAUGUUUCAAACCAGAACAGGUGCUACAGAUUAUAACUUGCAUCUUAACUGAGCAGAGGAUUGUUUUCUUCUCUUCUGACUGGGCCCUGCUAACACUCAUAGCUGAAUGUUUCAUGUUGUACCUUCAUCCUAUUCAAUGGCAGCACACUUUUGUACCCAUUUUGUCACGUCAAAUGCUGGAUUUUUUAAUGGCACCAACAUCCUUUCUUAUGGGAUGCCACAUUGAUCAUUUUCAAGAAGUUAGCCAGGAAGCUGAAGAUUUAAUUUUAAUCAACAUUGAUAAUGGAAACAUUACACAUUCAAAACCAUCUGUAGAUGAGGCUGUAAUUCCAGAUGUCCCUUCACAAGCAGCAGAAACGUUUAUAAAAAGAGUGGAGAAUCUUCAGCUACAUUAUGAUCUAGAACUCUGUCACCUCAGCUCGCAUACAGACUUCAUUGAACUACAAAUGCGCAGGAGGGCUUGGCAGCAAAAACUAAAUACUGAAGUUCAGCAGAUUACGUUGCAGUUAAUUGUCAACAUUUUCAGGGAGGUAAAGGACCAUCUAAAUUAUGAGCACAGAGUAUUUAAUAGUGAAGAGUUUCUGAAAACAAGGGUACCAGGGGAUCAGCCAUUUUACAAAAAGGUAUUAGAGACCUAUAUAUUUCACUCUUUUCUUAAAGCUCGUUUGAACAGAAGGAUGGAUGCCUUUGCCCAACUUGAGUUGAGCACUCAGUCUGAAGAAGAUAGAUUAAAUUCAAUGCUUGAUAGCCCAAGAAGACUGACUGCGGAGAAAAUGGCUUCUAAAAGAUUUAAUCCUCAGUAUAUGAUUAGUAAACGUAUGGUAAUAAGUAUGCCUAAUCUACAAGAUAUUAAGUCUUACGAUAGUCCUGCUAGGCCUUCAUCACUCCGAAGAUCAGAGACAGAACGUGUUGUGAAACUGACCUCCAGAUCAAUUAGUACAUUCAGGAUCCCAGAAAUUCACUUUCCUCUUAUGAGUCAGUGUGUUCAUGCCUACUACACAGAUUUUAUCAAUCAUCUCACCAGAGCAAUAAAUAUCUUACAACAUGAUAACUCCGCAUUGCUGGCGAGAUAUUUCUACCUUCGUGGACUCAUUGGUGUUAUGCAAGGAAAACUACUGGAUGCUCUUUCAGAUUUUCAAAAUCUAUAUAAAACAGACAUAAGAAUUUUCCCUACUGAUCUUGUGCGGAAGAUGGUGGAAAGCCUACCUCCUUCUGAACGUUCGCUAGCAGAGCGCAAGCCGGAGCUGAAGAGGUUGAUUAGUCAAGUGAUGGAGACACAAAGAGAAGUUACAAAAGUAGAUGACCAUGUCAAAAAUUUUGAGUUACCAAAAACGCACAUGCAUUUGGAUGAUUUUGUCAAGCGAAUCCAAGAAUCUGGGAUUGUCAAAGAUAUAGACACAAUACAUCGGCUUUUUGAUGCCUUAACAGUAGGACACCAGAAACAAAUUGACCCUGAAACAUUCAAAGAUUUCUACAACUACUGGAAGGAAACAGAAGCAGAAGCUCAAGAGGUUAAUCUGCCACGAACUGUACUAGAGCAUUUAGAUACAAAUGAAUGUGUCUACAAAUUAUCCUGUUCAGUUAAAACUAAUUAUGGAGUAGGAAAAAUAGCAAUGACCCAGAAGCGCUUGUUCCUUUUGACUGAAGGAAGACAUGGCUAUGUUGAGAUCACAACUUUUAGGAAUAUAGAGGAUGUUAAAAGUACUACUGUAGCUUUCCUUCUUCUGAGAAUACCUACUCUGAGGAUUAAAUCUGUGUCCAAAAAGGAAGUCUUUGAAGCUAACCUUAAGACAGAAUGUGAUCUUUGGCACUUGAUGGUGAAGGAAAUGUGGGCUGGAAAGAAAAUGGCAGAUGAUCACAAGGAUCCUCAAUAUAUUCAGCAAGCCCUGACAAAUGUUCUCCUGAUGGAUGCUGUAGUUGGUGCACUGCAGACCUCCAAAACCAUUUAUGCAGCUUCCAAACUAUCUUAUUUUGACAAGAUGAAGAAUGAAGUGCCUAUGAUGGUCCCAAAAACUACAUCAGAAACACUAAAGCACAAGAUUAAUCCCUCAGCUGGUGAAACUUUUCCGCAGGCAGUAGAUGUCUUGCUCUAUACCCCAGGGCACCUUGAUGCAGCGGAUAGACUGGGAGAUGCCCAUCCAAAAUUAUGGUGUGCUUUAGGUGAGGGGAAGGUGAUUGUGUUUGAUGCAUCUACCUGGACUAUUCAGCAACACUGUUUUAAAGUGGGCAGUUCUAAACUGACUUGUAUGGUAAUGGUGGAACAGAGCCAAGUAUGGAUCGGUUCUCAAGAUGCCAUUAUUUACAUAAUCAACACCCAUAGUAUGUCUUGCAAUAAGCAACUAAAUGACCACCGCUCUCAUGUUACGGACAUCAUUGUGGAGAACAGGAACAGUGUAUGCAGUGAAGCAUAUUCGUGCAGUUUAGAUGGGACAGUGAUUGCUUGGAACAUUAGCACUUUGAAAGUAAACCGUAGAUUUCAGCUGUCCUGCAAAAAUCUUAUUUCUAUCAAACUCCAUGACAACCGUCUUUGGUGCUGCACAGGAAAUCGUAUACUUGUAGUGACAACUAAUGGGUCUCCUCGGCAAGAAAUGAAAAUUGAAGAGAACCUGAGGGAUGUGUGUUCUUCUUUUCUCUGUUUCCAGUUGUUUCCUGAGGGUGACCAGGUAUGGACAUCGUGUCCAGGGAGUAGUGACCUGUAUGUUUGGAAUGCAACCGAUCUCUCCAGAACUCCUCAAAAGAUUCAUCUUCAUGAUUGUUCUGAGAUCACCUGUAUGAUAAAAGUAAAAAAUCAGAUAUGGAUUGGCAGCAGAGGAAUAUCACAUGGCAAAACCAAGGGAAAGAUCUAUGUGAUAGACGCCGAAAAGAAAACUGUGGAGAAGGAGUUGGUGGGCCAUGCUGAUACGGUGAAGGCACUGUGCUCUGCAGAAGAUAGAUAUGUUCUUAGUGGUUCAGGAAGAGAAGAAGGGAAGAUUGCUAUUUGGAAAGUUGAAUAGAUUUAACUUUUCCAAGUGUGUGUAAAUAUUAUUGUUGGAAAACUUACCAAUUUGGAAUUUGUUACUCCAACUUCACCCUUCAAUGCAUCAGUGUUAUUUUUUAUUUAUUAGUAUAAUUAUUUCAGUGGUAACUACAUUAUUGUAGUACAUAGAAACAAAAGGGAAUUUCUGUUUGCACUCUGUCAUCAUCAGCCAGGACCUGGAAGACUAAGUAGAGAAGUCACUGGAUUUUUAAACCUUGGAGAUUACAUUUUACAAACUUUGUAAUGAAAGGUCAGGAUAUGGACCAAAUUCUUUGCUAAGGUAAAUUGACUUCAGUGAAGCUGAACCAGCAGAGAGAGUAUGGCCCAGAAAUUCAAUCUGACCUAGUUCUUAAAGGUAGAUACAUAUUAUCCUACAAAAUAAUAAUCCUGAUAUCUUGACUACUUGACAGCUGGAAACUGUCAUCUGGAAAUAUUCUAAAUUUGAUUGUUUGAUUUAUCCCAAGUGAUAGAAUUACUGUAAAUUCAAAGUAACUUUCUAUACAGGGAGCCAGAUCAUAGAAUACUAGAACUCUAGUCAUCAAAUCCAGUCCCCUGCCCUUAUGGCAGGACCAAGCACUGACAGGUGUCUAUCCAACCUGCUCUUAAAUAUCUCUAGUGAU